CGUCACUGUCUCGGGUUUCCCUGCCGAAGGCUCCCACCCGCUCGCUCAUUGGCUGGCCGCCGUCGCCGGGGCAACGGGAGGACGCUGAGCGAGGCGCCGUGGGAAGGCCCCGCCGUGAGCCGCGGCCUUUCCUGAUCGCGGUGCCCGGCGCCGGGCCGCUGUGCGGCGGGGAGCGAGCAUGGCUCAGAGCGGGGUGCUGCUGACCAGGGAGCCGGCGCCGCAGGCGGUGCCGGUGUCCGAGCUGCCCAUGAAGGUGUACGAGGCGGCGCUGAACACGGGGCCGGACUCCUCGUGCGGCCUGGCCACGGCCGGCUUCCGCGCCGCCAAGUACCUGACCGAGGAGUGGCACCAGCACAACUACGCCCAGUACCACCAGGCCUUCGCCGACCGCGACGGCUCCGAGCGCUGCCGCCACGAGUCCCAGAGCCUGGCCGCCUACGCCGCCGCCCUGGCCCAGCGCACCCAGGAGGACUCCACCGCCAAGCUGGGCCAGCGCCUCCAGGACACGCACUUCUGGAAGGCCGAGCUCCAGCGGGAGAUCGAGGACCUGACGGCCGAGACCGACCUGCUGGCGGCCCAGAAAGUGCGGCUGGAGCGGGCGCUGGACGCCACCGAGGUGCCCUACACCAUCGCCACCGACAACCUGCAGUGCCGCGAGAGGAGGCAGCCGGCGGACCUGGUUCGGGACCAGGUGGAGACGGAGCUGCUGAAGGAAGUUGAACUUAUCAGAAAUGUACAAGAACUUCUGAAAAGAACUUUGAUGCAAGCUGUUAACCAGAUGCAAUUAAAUCGAGAUCACAAGCAGAUUUGUGAAAUGGAUUGGUCUGAUAAGGUGGAAACGUACAACAUUGAUGACAAAUGUGGAAGAUACAAUAAUCAGAGCACCAACAUCCAGUUCCAUCCCAGCUCAUCAAAGUUUGAGGAAAGUGCCUCAACGCCUGAAACCUGGGCAAAAUUCAGCCAUGACAACAUCUAUAGGGCAGAGCGAGAGCGACUGGCUUCCAUCAACCUCCGUUUAUUGAUUGACAAUAUCCUUCAUGACACAGCUGAGGAUCUGCGCUUGCAGUGCGCUGCCGUUGAUGAGGCUUUUGCUAAGCGCUGCGAAGAGAUGGACGAUGCAAAACACAAACUGGAACAUCAUUUGAAAAAAACCCUUAAGGAGAUUGGAGAUCAAGAAAACAACAUUGCUGCUCUCAAACAAGCUAUUAAGGACAAAGAAGCUCCACUGAAAGUGGCUCAGACAAGGCUGUAUGACAGAUCUUUUAGGCCCAACGUUGAGCUCUGCAGAGAUCCAGCACAAUUCAGGUUGAUCAGUGAAGUUGAAGAACUGACAGAGUCCAUUGAGUCUCUGAAGCAAAAACUACUGGAGGCUGAACAGUCUCUGAGGAACCUGGAAGACACGCGGAUGAGUCUAGAGAAGGAGAUCGCUGUGAAAUCGAACAGCAUCUUUAUUGAUAGGCAGAAGUGCAUGGCCCAUCGCACGCGAUACCCUGUUGUCCUUAAACUAGCAGGUUACCAGUAGCAAUACCCUCUGUAUUAAUGAUGUGAAGAUUGGUAAAAAAUCUUAACCUAAGAUAUUUAAUUUUAUAAGUGUGUAAUAUUAUAGUCAAUAAGAAACAUAAUUUGCUGUUAAUUUC